UUAAAUCAGAUGAAAGCUGAGUUACAGGAACAGAAGCAGCGCAAACAAUUUCUCAAGGAGCUGCAUGCCAAGCGUGUACAAUCCUUACGAAAGGAAUUAGAUUAUCUCAAGGCGACCGAGUGGAGAUAUCAGCCUAUAGAUCGAUAUUUAGAUAGGAGUCAGAGAAAUUAAAUAUGCUGUCAUUAAUUUAUAACGGAUUCAGAAAUACUCUAAACUAUGUGUUUCCGGAUAAAAUAAAGGAAGAAAACAUAGAUGAGAUCAUAUCUCGCAUAGAACAUGCAAAAGAAGAUGCAGAUGUGGAUGCAGAGGAAACUAAGAAUAUAGAAGAAAAAAAAAUAUUAAACGAAGGAUGUUAUUACAAAACAGGAAGUAUUACUUAUGUUGCUAAGGAUCACGUUCUUAUAGAUGAUUGUUAUACAUAUGAAAAAAAUGAUGAUAUGACCAGCAAUCUAAAAGUAGGUGAUAAAAUUUAUUACUUGGUAUAUCUGCGAGAUCCAAAUGCGGUGCCAAAAGUACGAAAAAUUAUCUAUGUGAUAAAUGACACCUGGAAUAAUGCAAACGGUAAAUCAGAGGAAGACAUAGUUCACACUCGUUUGAUGCGAAGAAAUAUAAUUGCCAAAGUAAUAAAACGCGAAGGCCGAAUCGCCGUUGUUGAGCCGAAUAAUAUUCGUAUUGAUUUAAGUAAAGUACAAUCUGACUUUAUUCCCGUGAUCGGCGAUUGGUUAACAAUAGAGUCCUUGGUCGAAUUAAAUAACAAUUCUACAGAUUUAAGUGGUGAAGUGUUAGAGGUAGACAGAAUCAAAUCAUUACGAUCUAAACUAGACAUUGGGGUGAUAUCAAAAUAUAAUCCACAAAAUGAAGUGGGCAUAAUCGAUAAGCAUGUGAUAUUUCAUAAACGCGCAUGUGAGCCAGGUUAUGUUCCUCAUAUUGGUGAUAAAGUGGUAAGUGAUAGCAUAGAAAGCGAUCAAGGACAGUACAAAUGGAGAUCAAUAACCAUCGUUCCAUUAAUUCAGCCUUCAAAAAAAUCCACUGAAUUACCAGUCACAACUAAUUUGUCUUCAAUAUUAUCAGAUACCAAUAACUUACUAGAAAACAAAUAUGGUAUUAUCAUAGAUGAUGAUUUGAAAUUCAAUUUGAACAUAGAAGAAGAAAGCAUCUUAAAAAUUUCUAUACGAAAUAAUUGCAGUUAUUCUCACAUGUUGCGAGGUGGCUCUUUUGUGCCACAAAAGACUCCAUCUCAGCUGUCAUUAGAAUCGCCGACCAAUACAGAUAUUAAUGCAGCAAUAAGUCCUUCUGGAAAUGUUACAUAUAUAUUCAAAUGUAAAGCAAAAUUUGUGGGCGUAUCUGAAGAGAUGUUUAUUUUUGAUUUCAAAGAUUUCAAAAUCGGUAGAAUAUUUCAUAUAACUGUGAAUGCGAAAAUCAAUUUACAAAAGAUUGAUUCCAGCGCUAUUAAACAAAAAAAUAGCUAUAAAAUUAGCAUUAACAUAGCUGAUUUGGAUGAGUUAAACGAGAUUACAUGUAUUCCUGGUGUAAGACCAUUUAAAUCACCUGCAUUUAUUCAAGUGCGUAACGGGAUAUUUAAAAUACCGCGAUACAUUUGGGACACAAUCUUGAAUACUAUGGAGAAAUCUCAGAUUGAACGGGAAAUCGCUGUUGGAAAUCAAAUACCUUGUCUUUUGAAACCACUUUCUUUCGAAACGUAUAAAGAACGUUUCCACGCCUUAUUAUAUCUCGAGGAAAUAAGCCAAACGCUCGAUCUACAACGUUACAGUAUGGAAAGCGCUGUCAUGCGACGACACGGAGAUUAUCUUGCACUCGAAGUGCCGGGAUUAGCAGAAAAACGACCUUCUCUUCUUAUCAGUGAUAGAGCUAUAGUAUCUUUCAAAUGGGAUAGCUCUCAAGGGGAGCAAAAAUAUGAGGGUUUUAUUCACAGAGUUACAGGCACUGAAAUUUUCUUGAAAUUUAAUGGAAAGUUUCAUCAAGAGUACAAUAGAGAAGAUUGUCAGGUGACAUUUAAAUGCUCGCAGACCACUAUCCAACGUUGCCACAAUGCUGUUAAUUUGGCUCUUAAUCGUCUUGGAUCUGAUUUUUUAUUUCCUACCAAAGUAGUGCAAAAAAAGCCGCAAUUUCAUUUGGAAGAAUAUGAUAUCGAGGAGAAGCCGGUGAAUCGCACGCGAGUUCGUCACAAACACAACGAAUCUGCAUUCUCCAACAUCACUCCUGUCAAUGACAUAGAUUCCAAUAAUAUAAUCAAAAUGUCUUCAAGAAUAUCAGUAGCAGAAAGACUUUUCAAUAAUAAGUCCAUUGAAUCAUCAUCACUCGAAGAAACACAAACAUCGAGUCCAAGAAUAGAAACAAAUUUAUCAAGGAAUACCAAAGAUAGUAAAACUAACAUUGCUAACACUACAGUUUCGAGGAAACCGGAUGAAAGAAUUGCGGGCGUUGAUAAUGAGAUAGAACUAUAUAUUUCUCAGAUAAAAAAACGAAAAUUAAAUUGGUUCAAUGAAAAAUUGAAUUAUUAUCAAAAAGAAGCUGUGAGAAAUAUAAUACAGGGAUUUGCGCGUCCGUUACCCUAUGUGAUAUUUGGCCCGCCUGGAACAGGAAAAACAGUGACAUUAUGCGAAACGAUUUUACAAAUUCUGGCUGUGAUACCUGAAAGCAGACUUCUUGUAGCGACCCCAUCAAAUAGUUCGGCAAACUUAAUCGCAGAACGCUUGUUGGACAGCAAUGUACUCAAGCCUGGUGAUCUGGUUCGAUUGAUAGCUCAUCAUUGCUUGAAUGACGAUUCUAUUCCUGAAAGACUGUUACCUUAUUGCGCUACGGCAGACUUAGCCGCAGAGGGAACAUCCAAUCGUUUUUGUCAUCACGAAGAUGGACCAAAACUGAAUUGUACCAUGUCGGUAUUAGGUCGUCAUAGAAUUACCGUUGGCACCUGCAGUACUCUGGGAAUAUUGUAUAAUAUGGGUUUUCCCCGUGGACAUUUCUCACACGUUUUGGUCGACGAGGCGGGUCAAGCGACCGAGCCGGAGAUCAUGAUUCCUCUGAAUUUUAUUCAUUCCGAGCAGGGUCAGGUGAUUCUCGCAGGCGACCCGAUGCAACUUGGACCCGUAGUGCAGAGUAAACUAGCGAUUAAUUUUGGACUCGGCGAAUCGUUUCUAUCGAGACUGUUGCAGCAGUUUCCUUAUCAAAGAGAUCCAGAAGGAUUCGAAGAAUUCUCUUACGAUCCUAGACUCAUCACGAAACUUAUUAUGAAUUAUCGAAGUUUACCGGAGAUAUUGGAUCUACCAAAUUCACUAUUUUACGAAUCGGAAUUACAAUCGCAAAUAUCAUCUGUGAAUAGUAAAGAAGCUGAACUAUUGAAAAUAUUGAGGGCGGAACUACCUGAGAGAGAGGGAUCGCCACCGGCCAUAGUUUUCCAUGGAGUCAAUGGUGAAAACUAUCGAGAUACUGAGAGUCCAAGUUGGUACAAUCUCGAAGAAGCAACACAAGUCUAUCUCUAUUUAUUGAAGUUAUACAAAUAUGGACUUAAAUCGGAUGAUAUAGGAAUUAUAACUCCUUAUCAGAAGCAGGUACUGCAAAUUAGAGACUUAUUAUUGGAGUCAGAGCUUAAAUUACCAAAAAUCAGCAGUGUGGAAGGAUUUCAGGGCCAAGAAAGGAAAGUAAUUAUUCUAUCAACUGUUAGAUCAUGCAAUAAUUUAGUUGACGAGGACAUUAAGCAUGCUUUAGGAUUCAUCGCUUCACCGAAAAGACUUAAUGUCGCUAUUACUCGUGCUCGUGCUUUGCUUAUCAUCUUGGGAAAUCCAAAAUUACUCGCCUCGGACCCAUAUUGGAGAAGUAUAUUGACAUAUUGUAUCGAUCAUGAUUCAUACACAGGAUGUAAUUUUUUACCUUCGUAUAUAACAAAUUUGCAAUGAUAACACACAAUUAAAAGUUAUAAUUUUCUUAUAUAUAUAUACAUAUAUAUAUAUAUAUAUAUAUAUAUAUAUAUAUAUAUAUAUAUAUAUACAUAUAUAUAUGUGUGUGUGUGUGUGUGUAUUUUUGUAUGUGUGAAAUAUAAUUAUGUGUAUAUAUAUUAUAAUUAUAUACAUGUUUUAUGUAAUAUGUUUACAAUAUAAAUAAUACAAUGAUUAGCAAAUUGUGAACCUUACAAAAGAUAAAAUCAUUGAUAUUUAAUAAUGGAAACUAUAGACUUUUAUAAAUUUUCUUGAACAAAGUAUAGCCAAUUUCU